GACAUUUUUUUACGUUGGAAAAGCAUAAAUUUAAUAUCUGAUUAUUUAAGUUUACGUGAUUGUAGAACAAAACAACUAAAAUUAUUAUUCUUCAGGCCCUGAAUAUUAUUAUUUGGAAAAUUUACUUUUACGGAGUAUGUUCCUUAAAAUUUUUCAGCUCUUACCCCAUGGAUCUUCAAAAACAACAAGUCACUUCUAGAUUCGUGCGUAUCCAACGCAAGAUCUUGUCGUGUCUCCAGCAGAUCUCCAAUUUUGACUCUCGUGUACCGACACACCGAAUCCAAUCCAUUUCCCGACCGUUGUAUACCCGCGGCUCAUAAACGCUCGAGUUUCUUCUCCGUUUUUUAUUGAAUGUUUCCUCCAGCUCUAUAACGUUACAAUCAUUCCACCAAAUUCAAACCCUAAAUCCAAAUGCACCAAACUCUUCUGCCUCGAUUUCUGAUCUCAUUUGCUUUCCAAUGUCGAUGAUCUUUUAUUGAUCUUACAAGUAGCACAGCACCGUAGUGAUUGAUUAUCAGCUUGUCAAAAAAUACAGCUUUUUUCAGUGUCAAUAAUGGCAGUACUCGAUCUCCCUGUUCUGUUCUUGAUCCUAGUUACGGCAGCUCCUCUUUUGCUGUGUCUUCCUCCUCCUUGUUCUUCUGCUUCAGUGAGCUUCGAUUUUGCCUCCUUUUCCUUCCUCAACCUCACUCUCCUCGGCGACUCCUUGCUCCGCAAUGGCACCAUCGGCCUCACGAAGGACACCGCCGUACCUUCCACCAGCGCCGGCGCCGCCAUCUGCACCCUUCCCAUCCCCUUCCGCCCUCUUUCUUCCUUCGCCACCAAAUUCUCUUUUUUCGUAUCCAACGCCGACGACGCCGGCGACGGCCUCACCUUCUUCCUCUCCCCCUCCAACGCCACGCUCGGCGCCGCCGGUGCCUACUUGGGGCUCUUCACGCCCUCCCCCGAAGCCAACCUCCUCAACGGCUCCGUCAUCGCCGUCGAGUUCGACGCCCGAUUGGACGCCGGCUUCGGCGACCCCAGCGCCAACCACGUCGGGCUCGACCUCGACGCCCCCGUCUCCGUCGCCGCCGUCGACCUGAGUCCUCACGGCAUCGAUCUCAAGAGCGGGCGGCUGAUCACCACGUGGAUCGAGUACCGGCAAAACGCCACCUUGCUCAAGGUUUGGCUCGGCUACUCCGCCGUCAAGCCCCAAGAUCCGAUUUUGAUCACCCCCAUCGACCUCUCCAAGCACUUCGCGGACCGCAUGUUCGCCGGCUUCUCGGCGUCCACGGAGGGCAGCACAGAGGCGUACACGAUCCAGGACUGGAGCUUCUCGGCUUCCGGUCCCUCCAUCAACCACACGCAAACUGUUCCCCAAAAUGCCUCUGCGAGCUCCUGGCGCGUGGUUUCCAUCGCCGACGCCCACAGCGGGCCUCAGAAAAGCCUCAGUUUGGGGCUUGCGGUCGUGGCACCUACCGCAGCCGGCGUCGUCUUUGCAUUUCUUGUUUGGGCCUCGGUCAGGAAGUGGAUGCAGAUGAAGGCCGACAAGGAGGAAUUCAAGUCGGAGUUCUUGACGGGCCCAAGAAAGUUCUCCUACAAGGAGCUGAGCGCCGCCACCAAAGGAUUCCAAAGCAGCAAGAUCCUCGGCAACGGAGCAUUCGGGACGGUGUACAAAGCCGUCCUCCCUGGAUCGGGGGGCACGACCGCUGCCGCAGUCAAGCGUUCGAAGCAAGCUCACGAUAGCAAAUCCGAGUUCCUGGGCGAGCUAUCCAUCAUCGCCCGUCUGAGACACAAGAAUCUAGUUCAACUCGAAGGCUGGUGCGUCGAGAAGAACGAGCUGCUGCUCGUCUACGAGUUUAUGCCCAACGGAAGCCUCGACAAACUCCUCCAUCGCGUGCACGAAUCGGGGCCGAUGUCGAUCCUCAAAUGGCCUCAGCGCUACCACGCCGCCGCCGGAAUCGCCUCGGUUCUGACCUACCUACACCAAGAAUGCGAGCAGCAGGUGAUUCACAGGGACAUCAAGACCAGCAACAUAAUGCUGGAUGCGAACUUCAAUCCCAGGCUCGGAGACUUCGGCCUGGCGAGGCUGAUGGACCACAACAAGAGCCCUGUUUCGACUCUCACUGCGGGGACGAUGGGCUACCUCGCGCCGGAGUACCUCCAGUACGGGAAAGCUACCGAUAAAACCGACGUCUUCAGUUACGGAGUCGUGCUGCUGGAGAUCUGCUGCGGGAGGCGGCCUAUCGACGCGAAAGACAGCAACGCCAAGGAGCAGAAGCUGGUGAACUUGGUGGAUUGGGUCUGGAAACUGUACUCGGAGGACAAGCUCAUCGAGGCCGCAGACAAGAAGCUGAAGGGGGAGUUCGACGAGAAAGAAAUGCUGAGGCUUCUUCUUGUGGGGUUGAGCUGUGCCAAUCCGAAUUGUGCUCAGAGGCCUACCAUGAGAAGGGUCCUUCAGAUUCUGAACUGCGAGGCAGAGCCAGUGGCGGUGCCGAAGACAAAGCCGCUGCUCAUGUUUGCCUCCACCGCCUCCUUCAACGUGCAGGACAUUGUUUCGGAGCUCGACGGGAGUGCGGUGGAUGUUUUCUUUGUUUAAUUUCAUUGAUUCAAUUGCUGUUGUAAAUUCAAAAGCUAUUCAAUUGUGUCUUGUUUACCUGAUGUGAAGUGUUAAAUUUCAAUGCAAGUAUAUGUAUUCUCAUUUCGAACGAAAUUAGGAAAGUCUAUCUUAAUUAGCAAAA